AUGUCAUCAAUAAAAGCAUCACAUAAUGAAUCGGUCGCAAGCAUCCCGAAAAAGCGAAAACCCACAGAAACUAGUUUUACGGUGGACAUCAAUAUUUAUGCAUCGACAAUCCGCUUUGUACAACAGCAUUGGUUAAUGGAGAUUCCAAAAGGUCUUUUGGCUCACCCCAAGUAUUGUAUCACAGAUACUCUUUUAAAUGACUUGGGGAGUCAAAACAAGCCUCCUAACUUGUCCGAAGAAGAAUACAAAGCUUGGGAAAUACUUGAAAUUUUGAUGAAUACACAUUCAAAAAAUCUCGCAAAUCGGUUCAACCGAUGGUUUAGUUCAGAUACAGCCCAAAUACAGCAUUUAUUAGCCAAAUAUGAAGAUAAACAUUCAGGCGAUCCAUGGGCAGCAGUUCUUAUCUUGCUGUCUUGCAGGAAAGUAACCCAAGCUUCCAAAAUUGCCCAAGAGCUGGGAGAUCACGACCUAGCAUCACUGUUGGUAGAAUCCGAAAAGCUUAAUGUGAGACAAAAUGCGCAGGGAAAGGUCAAACAGCUGCAACUACGCGGGACAUUUAAAGAGCUUACUGGCUGUCAUCAAAAGAUUUGGUGUGCUUUGGGUGGUCAGCUAGGCUACUGUGCCGUAACAGAAACCGUGAUAGUAGAGGAUAUGGAUUGGAUGCUUGUGUUGGGUUUACAUGUGUGGAACGGAACGUGUGCAUCUCAAACAUUGUACCAUGCAAUUCAGCUCUACAAUGAAGCUUUGGCAUAUUUACCUGGAAUACACAACAUACUGAGUCGUAAAAAGACUGCCUUACCACCAUCUAAUUGUCUAUGGGUAGGCGUUCUGCGCUUGUGGGCAUCAAAUAUGCCCAAUAUGGCGGCUACCAAAGAACGCAAGAAACGAAGAUCGACUGAUUGGAAUACGCUUUCCGUGGAUGAGUGGCCAUUGCAUUUUGUAUGGCUUUUGACCCUCCUGAGGUCGGACUGGUUCUCUUCGGAUGAAAUUUACCAAUGUACUAGGAGGUGGUGCAAUGCGUUAUGUGAAGUUGGACUUGCUGAAGAAUCUGUGUUUUCGGCUUUGUUUCUUAAAGAUGAGGCUUCUCGUGAAGCCUUGAUAAAGACCAUAUUAAACAGCCGUGAAUUAAAGAAUGAAGGUUACAUACUUAAUGAGCUAUAUAUACCGCGCUCAUGGUUAUAUCAAGCGAAGGCUACUCGCGCACAUUUAGCCAAAGAUUAUGCUACAGAGGCUGAUUAUUACUUUGAGGCAAAUCAAUUUUCAAAGGCAAAAUAUACAAUUAUUAAUCACCUUAUUCCCGCCCAUAUGUUUAAUAAUGAAAAUGGUCUCGUCUCUCGUUAUCUAUCGAAGCUCGACUUAUAUGGGGAUAAAGACAAUGAAGGAGACAUCCUUCUUAAUUCCUACAAAUUGAUCGAGUCCCUUCCAAAAAAAAUCGACACUGCUGUUGAUGAUCCAGAAGCUACUAAAUUAUUGAAAGACGACAUACAUUUUACAAUAAAGAGUCUCAAGGAGGUUCAGGCCAGCUGUGCACAUGAAGAUAACUUAGUUUUCUUUAUCCAUCGGAUCUGUGGUAAUCUUUUGAAGCUAGCUGCUGGAUUCAAUGACCAUGUAUUUCUUGAAGAGUUGAUAACAGCUACUCCAUUAACUCCAGAAGACUGCCAAUUAAACAUCAAAGAGUUCUCGCGUUGUUUUCUUACUAGCUUUAUCAAUCAAGCUUGUAUUUAACAUAACUUAAUUUAUCAAAAGUAGUACUACUUUACAAUCGUAUCUUUAUAUGUGUUAGCUACAGGAUUUUAAACUUCAAGACAAAUGUCCCAAAGCUUUAUAGCACAUUAAAGAAAAACAUUCGAAAGAAAGUAUGCAAGUU